UGAACGGAACUGUUGCUUGGAAACUACCGAGAAUCGGCAGCUUUCAUUUGGGCAAACGUAUACUGUGUCCACUACCUUCUGAGUUACAACCGCCACAUCUACGUGUUCACCGAGUGGAUUUUAAUCCGCGGAGUCUUGAAUUUAUAAACUAGCAGAGAAUGACUCGGUUACGUACGCAUCCGUCCUAGAUUUAGCCGCACGGGUAUGCCAAUUCUGCUCAACACACCUACACACACGUUAAAUCCCCUGAUGAUGGAUAACAUUAAAAUAUAAGGUAAUGGAGGACUGCACCUGUACAGAGAAGAGGCUGCACGUGAAGGCUUGAGUUCAUCCACCUCACCUGUUCAUCCACACCAGCAAUGGGAAGGAUUAGUAUUUCCUGCCUGUUUCCAGCAUCCUGGCACUUCACCUUGUCUCCGUUGGUGCUGCCCCGGUUCCUGUUGCCUUCUUUCAGGCAGUUGCUGCUGCUGGGUCUGCUGGCUGGUGUACUGGGGCUGCUGUACCUGCUGCUGGUCACGGGGAAGGGCCAGUACAGCUGGAUAAGAGAAGAUAGGCACUACCACACACGUUUGGGUCGUGUGCCGGACAUGGAGGCCACGGACAUCAAUAACCCUAACCUGAACUAUGGGCUGGUGGUGGACUGUGGAAGCAGUGGUUCCCGUGUGUUCGUGUACACCUGGCCCCGGCAUAACGGCAACCCACAUGAACUGCUGGACAUCAAACAGAUGAGAGACAAGCACAGGAAGCCUGUAGUGAUGAAGAUCAAGCCAGGUAUCUCCGAGUAUGCAUCCACACCAGACAAAGCCAGUGACUACAUCAGCCCUCUCCUCAGUUUUGCUGCUCAGCACAUCCCUAAAAACAAGCACCAGGAGACCCCUCUGUACAUCUUGUGCACUGCAGGGAUGAGAGUCCUGCCUGAAAGCCAGCAGGAGGCCCUGUUGGAGGAUUUGCGGACUGAUAUUCCUGUGAAUUUCAACUUCCUGUUCUCUGACUCCCAUGUGGAGGUCAUCUCAGGCAAACAGGAAGGAGUAUAUGCAUGGAUAGGAAUCAACUUUGUUCUAGGGCGUUUCAAUCAUGUCGAAGAUGAAAAUGAGGCAGUAGUGGAAGUGCAGGUUCCUGGCAGUGACCAGCAGGAGACACUGGUGCGCAAACGAACGGCCGGCGUGUUGGACAUGGGUGGCGUCUCCACACAGAUCGCUUAUGAAGUGCCCAAAACUGUAAGCUUUGCUUCUCCACAGCAGGAGGAGAUAGCCAAAAAUUUACUGGCAGAAUUUAACCUGGGUUGCGACGCACACCAGACUGAACAUGUGUAUCGUGUUUAUGUCUCAACGUUUUUGGGUUUCGGGGGAAAUGCAGCUCGUCAGAGAUAUGAGGAAAACCUCAUCAGCAACACACAAAUCCAAAACAAGCUGCUGGGUCAACAUCAAGGCGAAAGUGCCGACUCUCCUGUCCUGGACCCCUGCUUGCCACCUGACCUCCAGGACGAGGUGGGACCUCUAGACCAGAGAGUUCACCUGAGAGGCACUGGAGACUUCAACCGCUGCCGCCUCCUGCUCCAGCCAUUCCUAAACCACACCAAUGACACCAACACAUCACUCAAUGGAGUCUAUCAGCCACACAUUGACUUCCACAACAGCCAGUUCUAUGGCUUCUCUGAGUUUUACUACUGUACUGAAGAUGUACUGCGCAUGGGAGGGGACUACAACUCCACCAAAUAUGCCAACGCUGCUAAGAGUUACUGUGCCACCCAGUGGAAAACUCUGAAAGAGCGUUUUGAUCGGGGUCUGUACGCCUCGCAUGCUGAUCUACACAGACUGAAGUAUCAGUGCUUCAAGUCUGCGUGGAUGCACGAGGUGCUCCACUCAGGUUUCACGUUCCCGCUUGCGUAUGAGAAUCUCAGGACGGCCCUGCUGGUCUAUGAUAAAGAAGUGCAGUGGACACUAGGAGCCAUUUUGUACCGCACACGUUUUCUACCUCUAAGGGACAUUCAGCAGGAGAGUCUGAAGAGUUCUCACACCCACUGGCAUCACAGCUUUUCCUUCAUGAAUAACCACUAUCUCUUCCUGGCCUGUUUUCUGGUGGUGGUUUUGUCCAUCCUCCUGUACCUGCUCCGUUUGAGGCGCAUACACCACCGCUCGACACUCCACCAUGGUGCCUCUGCUUCCGUCCAAUGGCUGGAGGAGGGCCUGGGUUCACCAGACCUUCCACUUACCCUAUAGGGCCUGGACCCUGUCGAUCACAAAAACGGACAAAUCGCUGGAGGAGAGUUUUCACUGUCAUGUCAUAUCUCCAAUGAAGGUGCUUUGUUAUGUAUUGUUUUAAGUUUUGUCACUUAACAUGGUUUUGCACCCCAACAAGUCCCUCUCCUACAAUCGUCAUUUCCCUCACUGCUCAGUACAUCAAUGUGAAGACUAUUCUUAUUGCAGUUUCACAAACUGUUAAAAUGGUAUUUUCAGGCAAGGCUAGUGAACUUUUUCCAUAAUGUGUGUACGAUUACAGAUUGUUGCCCGGAAAAGACUGUAUGCCAUGAUCUGGUUGCAUCUGCUCAGAUAUGAUAUUAAUAUUUGUUUAUUUAUUACUUUUCCUGAGAAUUCUGAGGCUUUUUGUCAAUUUCAGUGUCAAUGUGUAAAGAGAUCGAUAGCAUAGAAUAGUGCUUAUAUUCAUGUCCUCAAUUUGAUUUACUGUACAGUGUAUGCCCCAGAGUUGGGAUACAUUUGCCUCAAACUCAAGAUUCCACACGUAAUUGAAAAUUAUUAGCUGAAAUGGUGGUGCCAAAGAGAAAUGGAGUUACAUACAUUUUAAUUGAAUAUUAAAUUCUUUUAGCACCAAAUAUACCACCAUGGGAAGGGUUUUGCUUUUCUUUAAACGUUAAAAACUUUUUCUCUUUUGGAUUUUAAACGCUGUAGUCGAACGGAUAUAAUUAUAGAAAGCAAAACUGUUCUAAAUAUCCCUUAGCAGAUUUUGAAGGUUUUGGCAAAUUCGCUACAGUUCAAAAGUUCUGGCUAUUUUUCCAUCUGAUUACUUUUCCUUGAAAGAACAACAUAAAAUAAGAUUAUCUAGCUUUUUUCCAAAAGUGUACAAAUUUGAACGAACAUAAAGACUGAAAGAGAAUAGGACAAAAAGCACAAAAAUGAAAGGGAUCAUAGCACAUAUUAAGAUGUACACCGACCAAGGACUGGCUCUGGGAUUAGUUGUGGGCCAGCUCGAAGAGAUAGGUUUUUAUCUUUUGAUUUAAAUUCUGAUUCUGUCAAAAUAAUUCUGAGAGAGCUGUAGACUGUUCCACAAUUUCGGGCUUGCUAUAGCGAAUGCGCGAUCACUCUUCGACUUUAAUCUGGAUUUAGGGACCAUCAAGAGUCUCUGAUCUGAUGAUCUUAGUAUUCAAAAUGUCAGAGAGAUAAAUAGGUGCCAAUCCGUUUAAAGCUUUAAAAUCAAAUGCAAGAAUUUUUAAAUUGAUUCUAAUGUUACAGUGUCACAGUUUCAAAAUGACUGCUUUAUCAUAGGUACCACAGUUGUUGCUUGUCUAUGAGUGUAUGUUGGAUUGUGAGCAUGGGUAUGUAUGUGCACCUUGAUUGUUUUUUUUUCGUAACUCUUUACAACAUGGUUCCAUUUGUGAACAUUAAUAAAUGCUGUAAAAUGUAAAAUAAUCAUUUUACAGCAUUUAUUAAUCUUGGCUAAUGAUAAUUUCAACAAAUCUGUAUUUACACUUUUAACCUGAACCACUCAUCCUAAACCAACCCUAAUCCUUACCCCUACUCAUACCUCAUCCUCAAUAACAGCAAAUGUGAAUCUUGUGAGAAUCUUUGCUGAACAAGUAGUUACACGAUAAAAGCAUUGUAUUAUGUAUUUUAACGUUAGUAAAUAGUAGUUAUAGACGCCUAAUAUAAAGUUUGAACACAAAGAUCAAUAAAUGCUGUAAUAUAUUGUUCAUUGUUAGUUCAUGAUACCUAAUGCAUUAACUAAUGUUUAUAAAUGUAACCUUAGUUAGUGUAAAGCGUUGUUUUUUGCCAUCAGCCAUCAUUCAUUUUUAUAACUCCAGAGGGAGGGGGGACUACUGUAAAUUGUGUUGUAUAAAUCUGUAAAGGUAAUCUGAUAAGAAUCAGUGCAAUAUUCUUCAUGUCUUCAGUUCAGCUCACACCUUCUGCAUAACAGAAUGUUUAUGAUUUUAAAGCAAGAGUUAGUUUUGAUCAUUUUUCCAUUGCCAAGGUACAAGUACUGUGAAAUUAGAAGUCUAAUGCGGCUUUGUAAGGAUGUUUUAUGACAGGAUUCCAACGAUAAAUGACAAACCAUGCACCUAUGAGCCAUUUGUAUGAUGAUUGUUUAAACAGAGUACACUGCCUUGACUGAACAUGCGCAUCCAUGUAUUUGAACUUUUUCUCUUGCCUUUAUUCAGUUGUUUUUCAUAAAUGUUCACCUCUGAUCUGAGAGUCAUUGCUCACUGCUGUCUGUUGUUGGUAUUUAUGAAUGCACAGGGAACAUAUUCAGACAAACUGUUCAGAAGAUGAAUUUGCACGCAAAUAACAACCCCUGUCAAUGUUGAUAAAGAGAAAUUAAUA